GAGAGAUGUGGUAGCAGUGCAACACUUCACCUUUGUGUUGACUGACUUGGAGGGAUGCCAACGCUUCGGCUUCUGUCGUCUCACCAGCAGCUCACACACCUGCCUCUGUAUGCUUAGACCAAUGAGAUGCGAGAACUGCUGGGCGCCCUCUACACACAUCCCCUGCCAUUGGCUGUCGGCUCUGUCACUCUGCAGCUGGGAGAGAAGCUAUUGGUCAGGACAGAGAUGCCCCGCCCUCCUGGACAUGCCCCCCUCACCCCAGGGAAGGGGCAGGAAGGGGUCCCGUACUUCAUCGCUCCAGACCCCAGAGGACUCCCUUCCAUCCCUGAGAGUAGGAACCUGACAGAGUUGGUGGUAGCGGUAGAUGUGUCUAACCUCCUCCAGCUCUAUGCCAGCAUGUUGUUUGAGAGACGCAUCCUCAUCCUCUCCAGCAAACUCAGCACACUGACAGCGUGUGUUCAUGCCCUCAGUGCUGUGCUCUACCCCAUGUACUGGCAACACAUCUUCAUACCUGUCCUGCCCCCACACCUACUGGACUACUGCUGUGCUCCGAUGCCCUUCCUCAUAGGAGUCCACUCCAGUCUGACAGAGAGAGUGAGAAGCCGGGGGUUAGAGGACGUGGUGAUUCUGAAUGUAGACACCAACACUAUAGAGUCUCCCUUCGAAGACCUGAAGAAGAUACCAGCAGAUGUGGUAUCAGGUCUGAAGUUGUGUCUGAAACGUCAGGCAGCGUCAGCAGGUGUGGGCGUGGCCAAGGCCUUCCUCAGGGCUCAGGCUCUGCUGUUUGGAGGAUAUGGAGACGCUCUGAAGGGACACACGAAUGGUCAGAUCAUGUUCUGUGAGGAGGUUUUCCUGGACCACAGGUCUCCCAGUAUGAGACAGUUCCUACAGAGUGCUGUCCAUCUGCAGCUCUUCAAACAGUUUAUUGAUGGACGUCUGGAGCUGCUGAACAGAGGGAUAGAGCCAGACGACCUGUUUGAACAAGAGAUGCUACAGUGUGGAACAGCAGAAGCAGGAAGCACCAAAGCCUAUCAUCAACUGGUGGGCAACCUGAAGAAAGGGGGAGGAGCUCUCAUCCUUAACGUCAAGUCUAAGACUCACAUGUACAAGUCGGCCAAACGUGGCUUGAGGAACUUUCUAUCACCCAAGGAGCACGUUGAGAUUCUCUCCCUUAAGAGAGGCAACUCCGUGUCCGGAACACACACACACCGCCGCAAACAAUCAGAUUGCCUUCAGAGCCGUUUACCAAUCACACAACACUUUGGGAAGUCUCGUCCCCGUCGUCCAGUUAACAAACAAGGCUGUCUCCUUGACGACGAGAACACACAAGAGAACAGAGACACCUGGGAGGAAGACUGGCAGGACAGUGCUGUCUCAGGCCCCGUGGCAGACCCAGAGCUCCAGGAGGAGGAGGGGGGAGACUCUGGUAUGUGUGACCCAGAGGAGAUGGACCUCCUGGGGGAGAUCUUUGACACGCUGAGUGCCCGGAGCUCCCAUGACCGCGGCCUGCUCUACGGGACACGAAGUCUAGACCUGUUUGGACCUGAUACUACUGACUACAUCAGACAGAGGGGCCUGGCCACUCCCAGUCAGGAAAGUCUAGGUGUGUCCAUCGGUGGGAGUGGCAGUCUGCACAGCUGGAACCUGGAGGACGGGCUACAUUACAUGGGGGAGGGGCCAGAACAGACCGAUGAUUCUGAUGGGCUAGGAGAGGGACAGGCGUUGUCAGAGGAAGCAUCACAAACACCUCAAGGGAGAAGAGAGGACGGGAGGAGAGAGGAGGGAGGAGAGAGGAGGGAAGAGGAGGGAAGGAGAGAGGAGAUGGAAAAGGGGUUGGUGGAGGCAGAGGAGCUUAAAGAGAGGAAAGAGGUGGGGAUGGAGAGAUGGAAUGUUCUGAGGCAAGGAGGGCAGGAUGAUCAACAGAUGGAGGAGAGGAAGAGGGAUGAAGACAUCACUAUGGAGCCAGAGAUUCAGUCUGAAUGUGUGGGUGAGAAUGGGAAGGGGAAAGAAGUGGAGGGAGAGAAAGAGAGAGAGAAGAUGCUGAAUGACAGAAGUAAAGACCAACAAGAAGAGGAGAACCAGGGGCAGGAGAGAGGCCCCAAGACACCAGGAGAAUUACCCAGGAACAGAGGCCCAAGGCCGGGUGCGGAGUCUAGGGCCGGGGCAGUGGAGGACAACCAGGGAGAAGGGGACAGACUCACCCCCAAAACCACUGCUUUUCCUGGGCCUGAGAACGGCACAGCAACCCAUGCUUCUAAACAACCCCUGGGUCAGCUAGAAAGAGAAGAAAAGGGGGAGGAAAUAGAGGUGGGACACACACCCCUUUCUCCCAGUGCUCUAUCUGCUGUAGCACUGAUCCAGUCACCGGCCUCCGUGCAAACCCUCCAUGGGAAGGCCCAGACUAGGGGCUCGCCUAAACCCAGUAAGCCCAGCAACACUCCUCGGACCUGGGACACUAUACAGAAGAGCUGCCCUCAGGAACCCAACAACACCCAGGUCUCACCGAAUGACAGAGCUGGACCUGGCAUAGCCACCCCUGUCUUGACUACGCCUAUAAAUAACCAAUCAGAACCAGGGGGGAACACCACAGUGCAGGAAGACCCACCCCCUGUCAAGGUGUCUGAGCUGAAGAAGAGAUUUGAAGCUUGAUGAUUGGUGCAGGACUGUUUGAGUGGCGCAAAGCUCAGCCAAUGAUUUUGCAGUUUUCAAAGACUGAGGGCCUUGAGUCAGAGAAGAAAUUGGGAUGGAAAGUGAAACUCAGGAACAUGAAGCGCUCUGAAUGUUGCAAGUAGAAAUAGAAUGAAUAGAAUUGACACAAUCCCAUAUUCUAACCGACAGACAGUAAUUCCGGUUCUACACCAUACACUUCUAUCUGAACAUUCCUUGUGUUAAGCAAACCAGACGGCACCAUUUUCUGUUUUAAAAUAUAUAUAUUUACAGAUAGCCAGGGGAACACUCAGACAUCAUUUACAAACUAAGCAUUUGUGUAUAGUGAGUCGGCAAGAUCCGGUAGUAGGGAUGAACAAGGACGUCCUCUUGAUAAGUGCGUGAAAUGGACCAUUUUCCUGUCAGAAUGUAACAAGUACGUUUGGGUAUCAGGGAAAAUGUAUGGAGUAAAAAGUACAUUAUUUUCAUAAAGAAUGUAGUGAAGUAAAAGUUGUCAAAAAUAGUAAAGUAAUGUUUUGAUACCAAAAAAAAAAAAAACCUUAAGUAGUACUUGAACGUAUUUUUACUUAAGUACUUCACACCACAGUUGAAUAACCCACUGAUCAUGUCACAUGACAUUCAGGAACCAGUUCUGUCCAAUCCCUCUGACUGAUGUCGCUGGUUGUAUUGUCCUUAGAUGACCAGCAGGUGGAGCUUGUGGAACAUGAACAGAUUAACUCAAUGCACUGAAUAAAUGGACGUUUUAUACUUUU